AUGACACUCCCUGAAGACCCUCUAAACCUCAAUCAAUACAAAACAACCAUAUCCCAACCAAAAAAGAACUGGGUCCCAUCUUUCAAUGACGACAAGGAAAAACUCACCGGCUUCUACAAAGAACAAAAUGAAAUGAUCGAGGGAUUCCUCACCGCUGGCGAGGAAGAGCGCCUCAAAGCCGAAGACGAAGCCCAAAACGGCGGCAAAGUAAAGCUCGCCGUGCGCGCCAGCUUCACAGUCAACUUCUUCCUUUUCGUAAUCCAACUCUACGCAGCCGUGAGCACCGGCUCUCUGGCUCUCUUCGCCACCGCCGCAGACGCCUUCAUGGACCUCGUCUCGUCUGUGGUUAUGCUCGUCACGUCACGCAUGUCCUCACGCCCAAAGCCAUACAAGUAUCCCGUUGGACGACGCCGCGUCGAAACCAUGGGAGUGAUCAUGUUCUGUGCGUUGAUGACCAUCGUGGCGGUGGAGCUGAUCAUUGAGUCGGCCAAGGCGCUUGCGGCGGGCGAGACCGAGUCUGAACAGCUGCAUAUUGUGCCGCUGAUCUGUGUUGGCGUUGCUAUCUUCUCCAAGUUCGUUAUGUUCUUGUACUGCUAUGGCCUGCGCCGGUACCCGGCUGCUCAUGUCUUUUACAUUGAUCACCGCAAUGACCUGGCUGUUAAUGGGUUUGGUUUGAUCAUGUCGAUUGUGGGUGAUCGAUUUGUCUGGUAUCUUGAUCCUGUGGGCGCGUGCUGCAUUGCGCUGCUUAUCUUGUUCUCGUGGGCGUCAACUGCGUUUGAGAAUAUGUGGUUGCUUGUGGGAAAAUGCGCCCCGCGUGAAUUCGUGAAUAAGUGUAUCUAUGUGACACUGACUCAUGAUCAGCGGAUUCAGAAGGUGGAUACGUGUCGCGCUUAUCAUUCCGGACAGCAACUCUAUGUUGAGGUUGACAUCGUCAUGGACCCUGAGACUAAGCUUCGGGAAUCUCACGAUGUAAGCCAAGCGCUGCAGCGUAAGCUGGAAGGUCUCGCGGAUGUCGAACGAGCCUUUGUGCAUGUUGAUUAUGAUUAUAUGCAUGAUGUCAACGAAGAACAUAGGCCGCUCUAUGAUGUCGGUGGAGCGAAACAUUCCAUCAGAGAUUUGGUGAAACGACUAUGGUCUAAAAAGAAGGAGCAGACAGACGGGGUUGAUGUGUGA